UGGGUUUCGGUGGCAAUGGGGGUUGGAGAGGAAGGGGUGGACGCAGUGGUUGGCUGGGGGUUUGGAGGAGAACGGUGGGCCAUGGGGCGAUGGGCUGUUUUGGGUAACGAAGGGAGAGAAGGGGAUACCUCGCUGGACCUCGGUGGUGGGUCUCUGCAGAGCGUCCUUCGCUGGGUAGCUCCGUCCAUGGUCGUGGAGAAGGUUACUGGCAGCAACGGCAGAUGGGGCCAGCGACAGUAA